CCUUGUCACACACCUAUACUGAGGUGUCCAGUUCAAUAUGGCCGACCCCUUCUCUACCGCGGUCAACGCGUUCGGUGUUAUCUCGCUUGGCAUCACGGUUUGCCAGAGUCUCAUAUCAUACUACGGCCCCUACAAAGCUUUCGAUGAGGAGAUCUCUGACUUUAUUACAAGGGUAGAGAGCUUGUCUGGUACUUUGGAGACACUCGACCAUCAGUUCAAAGACGGAAAGAAUCCGGGUCUGGAAGAGACAACCAAGAAUGUCAGCCUCGUGAACGACAGUAUCUUGCGCUGUGGUCAGGGUCUACACAAACUGAAGAUCAUGUUAGCAAAGUGUAGGCGUGUUACUGAGCCAGCAGAGGAGUCAAUUGCAGAUAAGCUCCACCUGAAGAGAAUGCUUUACCCCCUUCGACGAGACACAAUCAAAGAUAUGGUUUGCACGGUCGCAGGAUUGCAGGACAACCUGACGAUGGCGUUACAGUCGCAAACAAUAGCGAUGAUGAGCGUACAGAUUGCGCAACUAAAGGUGCUCGAACGAACGUCCAAAGCUACCGCUGUUGAGACGCGCAGUCUGCUAGAUAGCAACGAUCGCCUCCAAUGUGGGCAGCACUCGAUUGAGAGCUGGAUUACAUCAAUCGACAGAAGGCUACAGUCCAUGGAAUCGACCUUGGUCAAAUUCAGGACAAGGCCGGUUCUGGAACCUGCGCUUUUGAGCUCACUGCUCGAUACGGACAAGAAAGUUGGGGAGAGGCUGCAACAGGUUUCGCAAAUGACACCAAAUCGGAGGCGAUUACAGCGUCGAGGUUGUACCUGCAGAAGCCCGGGUCAGAGCUCGUGGCCUAUAAGGUCAUUGGACGUUACAAUUCGCUCAGCAAUUUGUUCUCUUCAUGGAACAGGCACCAAGGUUUUCCAGCUAGAGAUCCGUCGAGCAUUUUGCAAUACUUUCUUGAACUUUGCUGUUCAAGUCAGUCUCCAAGUUGUUCAUGGUGCUGGGGGCGCUUCCAUCAAUCCAUGCAUCCGCUACCGCGCAGUGGUGCCAAACAACUCUCCAGCCUUCAAGGCUCUGUCAGAAGCUGAGCACGAGCUACGCCAAAGACCUACUGCAAAUGUACUAGAUGAUACCGCCAAGAUCUUAUUCCAGCUUUUUAGAGAUCUCAAAGCAUCACCCUCGGACACCCUAAUGAACGGUGAUAGUAUUUCACAUGUCUUGCUUAGAUGGGUAAGGCACAUAGUCUACCUGCAAGGUGGCUCAAUUUGGCAGAGCUAUCGUGCAAUAAUCGACAGACUCGUCGAAGCUGGUGCCCCGCUCGCUACCCUUAACGAUGACGGGCGCACACCUUUGGAUGCGUUGACUGCGUGGACAAUCUACUCCAGCCCUCCCAAUGGACAUCAAAUCAUAUCCAUCUCACGCAAAUUGAUGGAGCAAGGAGGAAGUAUAACGGCUUCUGGGCUCUGUCUGGAUAUGAGGCUCGGGCAUGAUGAUACCUACCUGGCGAUUGAGUUCGCGAGACGUCUCGCUGAAGCUGCUGGCACUGAGAGUUUUGAAUUUGAUGAGUCUUUCCUAGCAGUAAUAACACAAUCGAAAGAGACACUUGCUGUUGCUGCAGAAUCUUAUCCUGAUUUGGAUCUACUACUGCAGAAAUGUAUGAGAUGGCCCGCCGGAGUCUCUAUCCUCUUAAAAGCUGGGUACGAACCAAACCGUGACUCGCUUGGAUAUGCAUGUUUUUCGGGCUGUCCUGAAUCUGUCAGACUACUCCUGAAGAGAAGGAAAUUCUGUCUGGGAAGAUAUGAGCUACAACAAGCAGCAGAAUGCGGCAAUCUUGAAAUACAACGAGAAAUAGUUUCAAACUUCAGUGAGCAAAGGCGGCAGCUUCGGGGUAUGGCACAGGUGCAUCUACCCAGCAAGACAUUACACAGGUUAGGUGUCAGGUCAGGUUGUCUGCCUGGCUACAAUGCUGCCUCUGUGUGCUCGGAGCUGAACGCAGUGUCCAUUGAGAUACCACCCCUGCUUGCAGAGCCUAGCGAAUGGCUCAUUUACGCAGCCAUUGAGGGAAGCUGUGAUAUGGCCCAGUUGCUAUGGGACGAGGGUUUUCGCGAAGUCAAUGAGACAGAUCGGGAGGUGCACGACGCCAUCAUGAUAACUAAUCCAUAUCCUUCGCCGGACUUGCAGACUCCAAUAACUUUCGCCAACUGGCUCAUAGCACAUGGAGCAGACAUCUCCCGCUGUUGCUCUCUGGGCCGGUCUGGACUUCAUCACCUAGCCAAGUACUUCGGUAACGAGUUGGCGGUAACGAUAGGCAUCAGCAGUCUGGCAUCACCUUUCUCUUAUAGACCUCAUUCUACUUCUGGUCCUGAUCUCACUUCUCUGGCGACCGUUCUCGGUGGACUAGAUUCGCACGGUGCUAAGAUUCUCCAUACUAUGCUCUUUAGCCACGAAACCGACGAGUGUUAUUGCCCGUGCUCAGCCUUCAACGGAUGCACUCCAGUCACCGAGCUAUUGCGCGGCCUAAUUGCUGAUUUCGAGCUACUGAAGAUCGGGGGCCUACAAGUAAUUGUAUCGGCAAUCGAGCUCCUUGUGAAGGCGGCUGCACCCGCAACCGAAGACUCCCUCCUCAACCACGUAGCCCUGCCGACCAUUCGACUAUGCACAUUCUCCACGCUGGAGAUCUCUCAUACUUGCAUUGGAAACUGUGAGCAGGAAGUCAUGUGCGAAGCGGAGGUAACCGAGAUCCACGACGAAGAGAAAGAGCGUAUCGAUUUGCUGGAGCAACUGCAGGUAGAAUUUGAGGCCGAGUAUCGUCAGCGGGGUCAACGACUGCCCCAGUUCAUGAUGGGUUACUGGUUCGCGCGAAUGACGGCGGUACUUGAGGCUCAGGACGCUCCUGACGAGGGGUAUAUCGAGCGGGUCCAGGAGCUGGGGGUUGUUUUGGUGCAGUGAUUAUUGGAAUUUAUUGUGCUUCGCGGUUAGAAUUUCUAACAUAUUGGACCUUAUUCGAUUUAUGACCAGGGUAUGGCCGGGGAUCUGACUGAAGAUGUCAUAUCAGCACCUGGAUUUCGGGCAACAGGGCCUCAGGAGCAUGCUCGUCGCCAGUGGGCUACAGUCGCGGGUCGUUACCGCUUCCGCACGUAUGUCAUGUCCGAGUCAGCGGGGCGGGGCUGAGUGUGUACUUGAAGUAUGGGUUUUCGGUCGUGGAGAUGGUAGGACGGAUUAUUCCGCUUUUCGGUAAGGGAGCGGGAGGAGUGUUAGUCUCGGGAUUUACGGGUUGUGGUUUUGAAGUUCUGGACUUAUUGGUGGGUUGGAUUAUAUUGUCUUUGGGGGUUAUUUUAGAUUGA